AUUGCACCCUAUGCACAGUCGGUAAUGAAGUAUUAUGAUCAGACUACGAUUACACUCAAAUAAAAUUUACAAUAACAAAAAAGAAUAAAAAUUUAUAUAAGAAUAACAGUGAAUACUAGAUAAUUGAAAUAAUAUUUACAAUGUUAUUUGAAAAUAAAUAUUAAGAGUUGAAUAAUUAAUUUUUAUCAUGACAGCAGUAAAAGUUCAUGGUGGAAUUGAUAUCUUAAGACUUCCUGUAAAUCAAGAGGAACAUGUAUUUCCACCAUGGCAUAUUAAAUAUACACAAUCGCAUAUACUCCAUUCUAAAUGUUCCAAAAAUGAAAGUGGUUGUGGUGAUAAAGAUGCUGAUGCGUGUCAAUUUUGCAUUUUUAGCCAUACUUUAGAACUACCACACAUGCCAGAUAUGGUAUUUCCAAACAAUAUAUUGACUUUAAAACAUCAGGAUGGUGCAUUCAUACAAUUCAAUGCAUUAGAUGCACUAAAAACUGUAUCAAAUGGAAAAAUUAAUGUUCAAUUAGCAUGUGCAGAAGCUUGGAAAGAAUCCAGUAGAUCUGAUGUUAGUGAAUAUCUAGAAGAAAAAGUGAAACCAUUUGAUUGGACAUUUACAACCACUUAUACUGGUACAAUAUCUAAUUUUGAAAUUCAAGAAACUAAUGAACGAAUUGAUGUAGAUAAAUUAAAAAGAAGGGAUAAGAUCUUAUUCUAUCAUGAUUUAACAUUAUUUGAAGAUGAACUUCAUGAUAACGGUAUUGCAGUUUGUUCUGUAAAAAUUCGAGUUAUGCCAAAUAGUUUUUUCAUUUUAUUGAGAUAUUUUCUGAGAAUUGAUGGUGUAAUGUUAAGGAUAAAUGAUACACGACUUUAUCAUGAAUUUGGUCAAGAUUAUUUGUUGCGAGAGUAUACAUCAAGAGAAGCAAAGAUUGAAGAAAUACGUGCUCCACCAUCACUUUUUAUAGAACCAAGUGAAAUAGCUCCAUAUUUGCCUUUAAUUGGAUAUCAUUAUCAUAAAUUAAUAAUUGUUUCACAUAAACCAGAACUAGUCACAAAUAAUAAAUUGAUUAAUGACACAGUAACUGAUAAUACUGCAACUACAACUAACAUAAAUGAUAUAAAUAAUUCUGUUACUUAAAAUUUGCACUUAUAUGUAAAUAUAUUACAAUUUGAAAUAAU